AUGUUGGGAGGUAACUGUGCAGGAGAUUUUAAGUUAAAGCCAUUGCUUGUGUAUCAUGCAUACAACCCUCUACGGGCUAAUUCAAAAGUAUGGGUUACUGUUGUUUUUGAAGAUUGGUUCUUCAAUCAUUUUAUCCCAGCAGCAGAGAAGUACCGUAAGGAGAAGGGAAUUCCUUUUAUGGUUUUACUUAUCUUAGAUAAUGCUCCUGGCCACCCGCAAAACAUUGUAGAUUUCAACCUCAAUGUUACCGUUGUACACCUCCCUCCGAACACCAUGUCUCUUCUGCAGCCAAUGGAUCAAGGAAUAAUUGCUAUCUUCAAGAGUUACUAUAUGAAGCAUACGCUGUGGCAAGCAAUAGCUGUAACUGGUUUUGAUGAGUCCAUCACACUUCAUGACUUUUGGAAAAGAUACGAUAUCUACAAGGCUGUACAGAACAUAGCAGCGGCAUGGAAUGAUGUACAGAGCACGGCUAUAGAUGGUGUAUGGAAGAAGCUUUGCCCGCAAUUCAUGAAUGCUUUUAAGGGGUUUGAUAAUGUUGCCAUCAACCAAACGCUGGUGACUACGAUCAAAGAACUGGGAAUGGAUUUGGAGGAGGAGGAUUUCACAGAUUUAUUUUAA